UAUAUGCAAGUUACAGACAUUGUUUCACUCUUAAGAUAUGUAUGUAUCGCGUCUUGAGAUGAUGCAAAUAGCAAGAGUGUCAAAUACAUGCAGACAACUUUUGGUGCUUAUUUGAUUGUAACGAUAAAAAUUCAGAAGGCAGCGUAUGCAAUUGAAUUUUCGCUUUUUAUUUGUUUGGUUUCGAACUAUGCCAGCACGAUUUUUCGGCUCUACAUAGUACUUCUAAAUUGUAUUUUGCAAUGCACUCACUGUUGUAAUACUCCGUACAAUUCAUUUGUACUAGUACUGCUAGCUUACAUACAAAUUAUAAUUAGCUUCGGCCUUAAGGCAUUUGCCAGUUUGAAGUCAGUUAUUGCCUCCCUUCCCGGUGCAUUAAGAAAUUCGAAAAGAGAGAGAAAAACUGUGGUUUUAUCUAACAGCAGAAAACAUCGAGAAAAAAGUAGAUAAAGUAAGAAACAGCAUCUGGUCCAGUUUGAGACUUGUUAGGUUAUUCCUUUUCAAACAAUUUGAAGAAUGCUAUUGUGCAUCUUGAUCCUGCUUUGCUUAGAUGUGCAACAGACUACCGAUCUUUAAUAAUUGUGCCAUUUUGAUUAACUGUUAGAGGUUACAUACACAUUGUCCAAGAAAUACAAUUACUGCUUAAUAAUGAGUAUAUAUUAUGUCCUGCUGAGCUAUUUAUCGUGUGAAC